CGUUAGAGGUCGGAAAGCCCUGGUAUGUUGCUUUGCUUUGGUACACAAAUCUAUCAUUUAACAAAGCAUCCGGUUGCGUACAGGACUUUUGUUUACAACACGCUUAAAAAUCAAAAAGCUUUAAAUCGUAACCAUUUCUGCUCACCAUACAUUUAGAAUGGAAUAUUUGGAAAUCCAGAUCUGAUGGAAUUUAUAGACCAGCAUGGUUGAGAAUCGUUAUAAAGUUCGGGACGUCGACAGAGGCUGGGCGUGGGUUGUCCUAGGGGCCAGCUUCCUGUCCCUCCUUCUGAACGGAUGUUUGUUGUACGGAGUCGGAAUCACCCAUGUGGCUUUCCUGCGUUAUUACAAGGAAUCGGAUGCCUAUACCUCAUUUGUGGGAUCCCUUUUCAGCAGCCUGCUGCAACUUGUUGGGCCGUUGUCAAGUUUCUUUAUUAAUGUUUUCAACUGCCGCCUCACAAUGAUUGUCGGAGGAACUCUCGUCUUCAUCGGAUGUUCAUCCACUUUCUUCGCUCAUUCACUUGAUGUAGCGCUUAUUACGUAUGGCAUCACUGCAGGAAUAGGCAAUGGAUUGGUUGCCACACCACCACUGGUAUCUGUGGGAUACUAUUUUAGGGAGAAGAGGGGAUUCGCUAUAGGAUUUGCAGUGGCGGGAGCGGGUACAGGAAUGUUCAUAAGCGGCCCCCUUUUCCAAUAUCUUAUAGAUUCCUAUGGACUUAAAGGAGCAAUGUUGAUAUUAGGUGCUAUUUUUGCCAAUCAGAUUGUGCUUGGGUGUUUAAUGAGACCUUCUGAAACAGAAAUUCAACAUAAAGCGCUAAGGAAAAAUGAUGAAAAGAGUAGUAUCAAUCUCAGAAAAAUUCUCCGUCUCGAUAUUUUCUGUGAUAAAAUGUUUCUGGUGAUUCUUCUGCAGUUCCUAAUCUGGAAUACUCCGUUUUCUAUGCUUAUGCUGCACCUGCCUAACUUCUCUGUUGUCAAUGGUUCAACGGAACAGCAGGCUGCCUUUCUGAUUUUCUUGGUUGGCAUUACAGGAACGAUUGGGCGUGUUCUCACUGGAAUGGCAGUAAGUCCACACGUGAUUGACCCCGUGUUGAUGAAUAUAGGUAUUACGGGUAUUUCAGGUAUAAUAUGUGGACUAUUUCCGAUGUAUUCUUCCACGUAUACCGGACAGUGUGUGUUUGCCUCUCUUUUUGGUAUAUAUAGUGGCGCUUUAACAACCAUGGUUACACCACUAAGUGUUGAAUUGCUGGGAUUGGAGAAAUUGUCAUCUGCUGUUGGAAUUAUGUAUUGUAUAGGGGGCAUCGGUUAUAUUAUUGGACCAACAUUUGCAGGCAUUCUGAUCGACAGUGGUGGAAAAUACGAAACAACGUUUUAUAUAUCAGGUGUACUUCUGAUGAUUGCAUCUCUUUUGACAUUGAUAUCAACAUGUUGGAGGAAAGACUGUGGAUGUCAGAUGAUCGACCAAUAUGAAAUACAGCCUGUAAACCAAUCCAUCAAGAAUUCAGCGUUUCUUCGUCAAUCUGGACUUUUAGCCGGAUCCAUGGUAAUUCAGACAGACGAGAAAUUAGGCAGUGCGUCUGCAUUAUCUAUGAAACGCCCUCACAUGCAGGGAUUAAAUCAAGAUGGAGUAUGUAAGAGUGACGAAAGCCUGUUUAGAAAUGUUAUUGUUCGGAAAUUACAGCCAGACAUUGAUGGAUGUAAUCCUCAAAGCGUUUUGCUAAAAGUUCAACCUUCUGAUCUGGAUAGAGACGAUACCCAUACUGAAACUGCCAUAAACCAUGACAUCGAAUAAUCAAAUAUUGAAAAUUUAUAUUAUAUUAUAUACAUUUAUAUACAUUUUA